GCUUAAACGUAGACAUCGUAUUGUUUUAGAUUUGUGACGUACGGCCCACAUUUCUCUUUGAGCACAGCAUUAUGAAUUACAGGUGGGAUGAUUUUCUGUCAUUUCGUCACAUCUCACGCCCACAUUUCCACUCAACCGGUUGGUCCUCCUCGACUCUUUUGCCAAUCGUCAUAUUCUCGCGACAGACUUAACUGAAGUCAUAUGAUGAACGUUUGAUAUAAAUUCUCAGAUUGGCUUGUGCCGAGUGUAAGGUCAUGAAAAGUUGUUUUGUGACAUGUCUGAGCUAUGGCUAUUCCCCACAGUCUUACUUUGUAUAUACGGCUUCUUUUCGAACUUCCGACCCUCGGAACCCUUCCUUACUGCGUUUCUCAUGGGACCAGACAAAAACCUUAGCGAAACGCAGGUUGUAAAUGAAAUCUAUCCACUAUGGACCUAUUCCUAUCUUGUGCUGCUAUUCCCCGUCUUCCUGGCAACAGACUACCUUCGCUACAAGCCCCUGCUCAUUCUGCAGGCAGCCAGCCUCAUUGUAACCUAUGGCAUGCUGGUCAAGGCGCAGGGCGUAUUGGCUAUGCAGGUCCUGGAGUUUUUCUUUGGGAUCGCUUCAGCCACAGACAUUGCCUACUACUCCUACUUAUACAGUGUGGUUGAACCGGCACAAUACCAGAAAGUGACGGGGUUCUGCCGGAGUGCGACACUGCUGGGCUCCGCCAUGGGGUCCCUGCUGGGCCAGGUCCUUGUUUCUGCAGCCCAGGUUCCCACGCUGUAUUUGUGUGUUAUCACACUGGUGUGUGCCUGCGUGGCUUUCCUGACUCCAUGGUUUCUGCCCAUGCCAGCGAAGAGCCUAUUCUUUCACCAGAAGGAUACUGGCAAUCAGGAUAGGAUGAGCAUGGAGCCUACGACAGGUCCUCAAGGGGAGCACCUGGAGUGCAAGGUGCCCUUGAAUUCGGAGGAUGCUAAGGACCGUGAGAAGGUGAGUGGUCUGGCGGUGGUGCUGAGAACUCUGUGGAAGGACUUUGUGCAGAGCUACUCCUGCAGACCACUCCUAGCCUGGUCUAUCUGGUGGGCUCUCUCCACCUGUGGAUACUUCCAGGUUGUGAACUAUGUACAAGCACUUUGGGAGAAGAUACUACCCUCCAAUGAGUUUCAGAUAUACAAUGGCUAUGUAGAAACCAUCUCAACUUUAUUGGGUGCUCUUGCUGCGUUCGCAGUGGGCUUCAUGAAGGUGUCUUGGGAGGUGUGGGGGGAGCUGGCCCUCUGUUCGUUCUCUGUGGUGAUUGCGGUGGCUGUGUACCUUAUGGACACCAUCUCCAACAUCUGGGUGUGUUAUGCCUCCUAUGUGAUCUUCAGAGCUACCUACAUGCUGUUGAUCACCAUAGCCACGUAUCAGAUUGCCACCAACCUGAGUAUGAAGAGGUAUGCGCUGGUCUUUGGUGUGAACACCUUCAUAGCCUUACUGCUGCAGACUGUUCUCACAGUAAUCGUUGUGGAUACCAGCGGUCUGGGCUUGGAUAUUCUCCAACAGUUCCUGAUCUACGCCAGUUACUUUGCUGUGAUUGCAGUCAUCUUCCUCCUGGCUGGACUUAAUAAGUGGAGGAGGAAGAGGAGUGGUUCUGCCCCUGUGGUUCUUACAGGAGAGACCGACUCCACUGGAGAUGGGUGCCCUGCUGCUGCUGAUGACAAACAGGAUAUAGGUCCAUCUUUAGAUAGACUGGUACCCUGUUAAAUAUCUUUCAGGGAGACCAGAUCAUUCGGUACCUGCGCCUUACUGAGCUUAUCAGUACAUUUUAUUGUAGGUCAAGCACUGAAA